AUGGCUGAUCCAUUUGCCCGGAUCUCGUCCAUGCUAGAGUCUGCACGCGACCUCACCAUUGAGGCCGCCGUGUCAGCAUCCACCAGACUUUCCGAGACGCCCACGGCUAAGCGUCCCCAGGAAAUCUCCAAGCUCUUGAACUCAAGAGUUGAACGAGAAGUGCUCAAUGGAAUGAAGUGUGUGAUGGCAUUGAUCUCCCACGAUGAAGAUGGAACUCAAUACUUUGCUGAUGUGGUGAAGAAUGUCACUCUGUCCAAUUCCCGAGUGAGGGCAUUGGUGCUUAUCUACUUGCAGAAAUACGCUGAGAACGAGCCAGAUACGGCACUUCUACUGAUCAACUCCAUCCAAAAAUCUCUAAGUGAAAAGAAGCCAAACGUACGAGUAGCAUCUAUCCGGACUUUGGGAGGAAUCCGUAUUCCGGAAAUUGCAUCUUUAUUGGUGCUUUGUAUCAAGAGAACAUCCUCCGACUCUCUGCCACAAGUGAGGGCUGCCACGGCGUUGGCGGUGGGUAAGGCAUAUUCCAUCGAUGGAAUCAACAAGGCACAGCUUGCUCAACAUUUGUACACACUACUUUCCGACGGCUCGCCGGUGGUGGUGGCCGCUGCAAUUAAGGUAUACUAUAAGUUGAAGCCAGAACUCGUCAAGGUGCUGGCGAAGAAGGCCUGGGCUCCGAUCCACAGCAAUUUCCGGAGAUAUACGCGAAUCCUUCAUGAGUUGGAUGAAUGGAGUUUGUCGUUUUUGUUGGACAUUUUGACUGAGUAUUCCCGUCGCUUCUUGGCUAGGCCCAUGCUUGUAUUAGAAGAUGGCAAGCAAAUUGAGGUUCCUGAGUCAAUGUCUGAUUAUCCUGAGAUUUACAAAUAUGAAAUGGAUUCUGACCUCGAGAUGUUUGUGGAUAGCUUACGACCUCUUACAUCAUCAUUGUCUGAUAUCGUUGUCCUUAGUGCCGUGAAGGCAUUAGCUUCUGUGGCCACUCCAAACCAUAUCGAGACAUUUGGUUACGUGCAAGUGUUGACUAAGAUUGCAACUAAGCCAUGCAGCCUGCCUACCAAGUUAUAUGCAUUAGAGGUUGUGUUGAAACUCGCCCAGGCAUCACCACAGCUCUUCCAAAAGAGUUUCCAAAAGUUUUUCUUGUAUCCUCAAGAGUCUUUGGAAGUAUCGUAUGCCAAGUUGCAUAUCCUUCUGGCAGUGUUUACCGAUUCAUCUGCGAAAGCUAUUCUUAGCGAAUUACAAUACUGUGCAUUGAGCCAAAAACCAGAGAUUGCAAAAAUGGCAGUCAAUGUUAUAGAUGUGUGUUCGCAGAUGAGCGUGCGCUGGUCCAACAAGGUCUUAAAGUGGUGCUUGCAAAAUCUUGAGAGCUCGUCCGCGACAUUCAUAGUGAGUGAGUUGCUUACAGUGAUUCGACAUUUACUCCAGGAAAAGCAGAGCAAGGGCUUUGAAAAGGAACCCCUUGUGAGGACCAUAUACAAGCUUUCCUUACUCUUGAGCGAUCCUAAUGUGUACCUCAACGCAGAGGCCAAAGCCAGUAUCAUAUGGAUUAUUGGAGAAUUCACUGCUGCAUCAGAGAACUUGAUUGGACCUGAUGUGUUGAGACGAUCACUCAAGACCUUUACAAUGGAGCCAGACAGUGUUCGUUAUGAGCUCCUAGUUUUGGCAGCCAAGUCGUAUCUGUAUGAGCUUCUGAAGAGCGACGAGGCAGAAGUGGCUAACUCAAGAUCAAGUCAAAUUUUCAAGCAUAUCAUGCACUUGUGCCAUUACGAUUCUUCGUUUGAUACUAGGGACAGAGUUCGGAUGUGGGAUCAAUUAUUAGUCAACUCAGCCAACCAUCAGCUUGCUAAGUUGUUCUUGGAAGUACCCAAGCCAACACCGGUUGCUCCAAAACCUGACAGCUCCUCAUCGUUGACUUCAUACUUUACCCCUGUUCCAUGGUCGGAUCAGCUGGACCUUCCGCCAAAGUCUAUUAGAAAGGAGGUUGAGGUGCCUACGAAGAUCACUCACAUGGAGAGCAACAUUCGCUUGGGCAAGAAGAGCAUUCAGCCUAGCAUCCAUGCCAUCUCCAGCGAACUGGUCCAACAGCCAGCAGAACAUGCAUCCGCUCAAUCCAACAAGUUACAAAGUCUAGAUGAAUUCUUUGCGAAUGAUGACUCGGAAUCAGAAUCGGAAUCGGAAUCGGAAUCAGAUGAAGAGGAGGAGUCCAAUGAUGAAUCCGAGUCGGAAUUUGAGUAUUCAAGUGGUGGAAAUGAAGCACCACAGCACCACAGCUCAGAAGAUGCAUACAGCGAUUCAGACGAUGCCUCUGAAAGUGACGAUGGUCAAUAUUCGAACGACCAAGCUUCAACUCACAGCGAUCUGAAAUUCUUAUAG